AUGGGAAUAUGCCAUUCUAAAUCAAAGCUUAAAAGAAGUGGAGCCUUUCAAUGUAUCCCUAUUGAUUUUGAUAAACUCAAAAAAUACAACUAAGAACGAUAAAAAAAUGAUCCAAACAUUGGAUAAUAACAAUCAUUCUGUUAACUCAUUUUAUAGGAUGGUAACAAAAUUUCGAAUCCUCAAACCCAAACUUACAAUUAAGUCUAAACCCAAUAAAUUGAAUUAAAAAAACCAUGA